UAUAUAUAUCAACCAAUUAAAAACGUUGUAUUCUCUCUCACACGUCUCACCCCUUUGGCCGGUGCCCCUCUUCUUCUUCUACUUUCUCUCUCUUCAUUUUUUCUUCUUCUUGAAAAAUCAAAAUCUCCAUUGUUGUUACUUCCAAAUCUUCUUCCACCAAACUUUUUCUCUCUCUAAUCUAUUUUGUUCAUCUUUUCACGAAUUUCCAUGUCUAACAACCAAUUUUUCCAACACUGUAAUAACAACAAAACCACUGUUAUUAUCAUUAUCACAAAAACUCUGUUUUAGAGAGAGAAAAUCGCAAUCAAAAUUAAACCAAAAUCAAUCGAUCAUUUCCGAGUUUGAGAAUCUGGGUAUUGAUUAAUUUUUCUGGGUAUUUGAUUUCUGUAGUUCUCUUAAAAUUUAAUCUGCAAAAAUGCUUGAUCUCAACAUUGGUGUAGCUAACAAUACUAACAAUAACAAUAACUCAAUGAAUAAAGAGGAGAGAGAAAACUCCAUGAAAGACGAAGGUUCAGCAACUAAUACUGAGCUCUCACGAACUUCCUCGGCAUCUUCCCUCGUCAACGCCGCCUCCGACGAGUCUCUGAUCUCCGGCGCCGGCGAGUUUGACUUCUUCUCAAAGCAACGAACAGAGGAAGUUUCUCCGGUUGUAACUCGGCAACUUUUUCCGAUGAAUGAGGCUGAUCACGGCGGAUUAAAUGGCGGAAGUGGAAGCGGAGCCGGUGACGGAACCCGAGGAAUGGAGCUUCUUAGGCUCGGAUCAUCGUCUUCGAUGACCCGAACCACGCCAACUCAAAGUAAUGUUAAUAAUAAUCAGUGGCUGAAUCUUUCGGUAUUAGGUUCGGGUUCAGGUUCGGGUUCAGGUGUAGGUUCGGAGCAACAGAAUAAUGCUAAACAACAGGUUAGGAGAAGUAGGAGGGGACCCAGGUCAAGGAGUUCUCAAUAUAGAGGUGUCACGUUUUACCGGAGAACCGGCAGAUGGGAGUCACAUAUUUGGGAUUGUGGGAAACAAGUGUAUUUGGGUGGAUUUGACACUGCUCAUGCUGCUGCUAGGGCAUAUGAUAGGGCAGCAAUUAAAUUCAGAGGAGUUGAUGCUGAUAUAAAUUUUACCAUUGCUGAUUAUGAAGAUGAUAUGAAACAGCAGAUGAAAAACUUAAGCAAGGAAGAAUUUGUGCACAUCCUUCGGCGCCAAAGCACCGGCUUCUCCCGGGGAAGUUCGAGGUAUAGAGGCGUGACACUUCACAAAUGUGGCCGGUGGGAAGCUAGAAUGGGACAAUUCCUUGGCAAGAAGUAUAUAUAUCUUGGCUUAUUCGACAGCGAAGUAGAAGCCGCGAGGGCUUAUGAUAAGGCUGCUAUACAAUGUAAUGGAAGGGAAGCGGUCACAAAUUUUGAUCCUAGCUCGUAUGAUGGCCAGAUACCGAUAAUGCAAGCUAACAACGAGGGUGAUGGGCAAAAUCUUGACCUGAAUCUUGGAAUAUCGAUCACCAUAGACGGUCCUAAAGGAAACAACGAUAAGGGUCCUGGAGAAUCACAUACUCAUCAUCCACCUCUUCACCUUGCCAACGGAAAAUGGCCUGUGAAUGGGGGUUACUUUACUCCUGGUGCACCUCCGCUUUAUGGUCAGCCAUUGCCAUCGAGACAAUCUACUAAUAUGUUGUCUGGUUUACCACCAGGUCGGUCUGCAAUCUAUGAGCAGGACCGCGUUGGUAAUCAACAAAAGCUAGAGGCAAUGGCAGCCUCGGCAAGAUUACCAAACUGGGCAUGGUACAUGCAAAACCAAGGUCAAGGAGGAAGUGGAGGUGGAGUUGGUGGUACUGCAAACCAAGUCCAACAGUUUUCAACUGCAGCAUCAUCAGGAUUCUCAUCAUUUUCUACCACCACCACCACUUCUUCGGCCAGUUAUCCUUUUGCCAACUUACAGAACGACUUUCACAACAAUAAUAAUAAUCAGGGUCGCGGUAGAUGACACAAGGCCACCGCCUUUGACAGGUUUUUUCCAAUGCCACUUCAUCAAAAUUUCUCAGAUGAAAUGGCAUGGGUAGCAAGGCUAUGGAAGCUGAACAUAAUAUAUAUAAAUACGUAUGAAUACUUAUAUUGAUAGUUACAUAUAGAAGUUCGAUUUAAAAAUUUUUCCAAGUGUAUAUCACAAGUUUGUGACGCGCAUAAUUUGUGCAUAUAAAUUUGCUGCAUGAGCAAGACUAAUAUGUAUCUAUGAUACAUUUGCAAAUUGAUGAAUCAUGAAAUUACAAUCAACUAA